AUGACAUCCCCAGAAGCUCUUAUCUCCAAAUUCCAGGUCACCAAGCUGCUAAAGCAAGAUCAGAAUGGCCGCCGCAUCACCCUCCUCGGCACAAUCGACGAGCAACAGGGCAUCCUAACAGCCGAACGUGCUGCAUUCGCAACAGAAUCCCUAGAAGUGAUCCAAGCCUUCCAUGCAGCCCUCACCCGAAUCAACAACCUAGGCGACAACGACAUCUACCGCUGGUACCUCGCAUCCUCAAACGGAGAUACCAACGAUGCAUCAAACACCAACCUACUACAGCACGACUUAAAGCUAAACUUGAUCUGGCCAUGCACCGAGCAGCAUAUCAAAAAAUAUUCUGAUCAGCAGGUCCGCAUGGUUACCGAGACACCAGAGAUCUACAAGAACCAAGUCCGCCCAUACAUGCAAGCCAAACGCGACGAAGGUCGUCUCAAUUGGAUAUUCAAUAUCCUUGAAGGCCGGACGGAGCAGGAGGAUGUCAUCAUGCGUGACCCUGGACACGGUCCUGAGGAUGCGUUCUUGAUGCUGCCUGAUCUAAACUGGGAUCGGAAGACACUUAGCUCGCUGCAUUUGUUGGCGCUGGUGCAUCGGCGUGAUAUUUGGAGUCUGAGGGAUUUGCGGAAGAGUCAUGUUCCUUGGUUGAAGUAUUUGCGGCAGCGGGUUCUUGAGGCUACGGUUUCGAUGUAUCCGGAUCUAGAGCAAGAUCAGCUUAAGCUUUAUGUUCAUUAUCAACCGACUUAUUACCAUUUUCAUAUUCAUGUUGUGAAUGUUAUGCUGGAAGCUGGUGCCACACAGGCCACUGGAAAGGCAUUUGGCUUGGAGAAUCUGAUCUCCCAGUUGGAGACUAUGACUGGUGGGGAAGAUGCUAGUUUGGCUGAUGUUAGCUUGACUUAUUACUUGGGCGAAGCGAGUGAGUUAUGGACUGAUAUUUUUGCGCCAUUGAAGGCGAAGCAAUGA